UCCCUGUGAACAUCUGUUUCGGAGGCGUACGCGGUGUUACAGGACUGCCAGCUUUAUGUGUAGUGUAUUUUCUGCAAAGAAAAAAAAUUAUAAUAAAAAUAAUAAAAAAAAAACAUUGUAUUGGUUAGUAAAUGUCUGUACAGUACAUACAGUGUUAUUGAUUCAUUUUGUAAUCGGCAUUACAAAGCAGGGUUUUUUCUUUUUUUUUUUUUUUACAAUUGACUAAUCAUCCCGCAAGAGAGCACUUCUGGCUGCAGAGCAUCUUUCAGGGCAACAUUCAUUGUCCCACGCGACAAGGUUAAGAAAGUAGAUUUCGUGAAAGAUACUUGUAUUUGCAAUCAUGAAAGUUUGAACGAACAUAAACAGAUUGAAGAGAUUUUAGAGAACCAGUCCUCCCACGUAUUCCUGUAUCUGAAAAAAUACGUGCUAACCCGACAGUCAUGUGCUGGUAAUUUUGAGUUACUAGGACCCAGUUGUAUGUGAAUGCAUUGAACUCGAAGCUGGGAGGUGUUUUACAAACGUCAUUCCGUGAAAGAUUACUGCUGCAAUGAUCUGGAGAUUAUAUUUGAAACCAGUCCAGAUUCCUUAUACUGUCAUUUUCCCAACCUGCAGGACUCUAACUAACUCCUCUUGGCUGAAAUUUGAUUGUUACAACGUGUCCAUCAACAUGAAAGGGUUCCUGCUUUUUUUUCUACUUGUUCUUCCCCUGGUGAGCACCAUGCAUUCUGAUUGCAUGAUAAAAAGGGACCAAGAACUUUGCCUGGAGAAAAUCCAACAGGAAAACAGCUUUGAUGAUCCUACCAUAGGAUGUCCUGGGAUGUGGGAUAACAUCACCUGUUGGAAGCCUGCUAAGAUUGGGGAAGUUGUUGAAGUCCCCUGUCCAGAGUUUUUUGGAAUUGUAGGUUCUGAAGAUGACUUUGUACACAUCAGCAGGAACUGCUCUGAGUAUGGCUGGUCAGAACCUUUCCCACAUUAUUAUGAUGCUUGUGGUUUUAAUGAGAAUGAAACCGAUCAUGAGGAUCUGUAUUUUGUGUCAGUGAAGGCUCUAUAUACAGUUGGAUACAGCACAUCCCUAAUCUCUCUCACGACUGCAAUGGUGAUUCUCUGUCGUUUCAGAAAACUUCACUGCACCAGGAAUUUCAUUCACAUGAACCUUUUUGUGUCAUUUAUUUUACGAGCCAUAUCAGUUUUCAUUAAAGAUGGAGUCCUCUAUGCUGAAGAGGAAAAUAACCACUGUGUUUCAACAAUUGAAUGUAAAGCAGUGAUGGUGUUUUUCCACUACUGCGUCAUGUCAAACUACUUCUGGCUCUUUAUUGAAGGGCUCUACCUAUUUACCUUGCUGGUGGAGACCUUCUUCCCUGAACGGAGAUAUUUUUAUUGGUACACAAUCAUUGGAUGGGGGACGCCUACUGUUUGUGUCACCACCUGGGCCGUGCUUAGAUUACACUUUGAUGACAAUGGGUGCUGGGAUACGAAUGAGAGCACUGCUCUGUGGUGGGUGAUUAAAGGACCUGUUGUUGCUUCAAUUAUGAUCAACUUUGUUCUCUUUAUUGGAAUUAUAAUUAUCCUUGUGCAAAAACUGCAAUCGCCUGACAUUGGAGGCAAUGAAUCCAGCAUGUACUUCAGCUGUGUUCAGAAAUGCUACUGUAAGCCUAAGAGGGCUAACCAGCAUUCUUGCAAGAUGUCAGAACUAUCUACCAUUACCCUGAGACUGGCCCGUUCAACUCUUCUGCUGAUCCCACUUUUUGGAAUUCACUACACAGUGUUUGCCUUUUCCCCCGAGAAUGUGAGUAAAAAGGAACGGCUCGUCUUCGAACUUGGUCUCGGAUCAUUUCAGGGGUUUGUUGUUGCAGUUCUUUACUGCUUUCUGAAUGGGGAGUUUCUCCCUAAAGGUGCAGUCAGAAAUAAAGAGGAAAUGGAGGAGCUGGAAAGUCAACCGGUACUUUGCUGUGGAUUUAAAACAUCGUCAUCCAUCACUGGCGAGCAGCGGAGCGAACGGGGGGACGCAACUGUCAAUUCUGAGCAAGAGCAGCUCUCAGAUUCGGAUGUCGAGCAUAAAUGCGGAGAACCUGCCGACAUGAAGUGUUAAAGGCUUCCGCUAUAAAUCAAUCCUGCAGGAAGUAAAAGCUGGCAGCACCAUGUGGUGCCUAAGAGUGAGACAAACAAGAAAGAGUAAAGAAAGGAUCAUUCGUGUAUAUAUCAUACUAUUAAAAGAUGCAUCCCAUUUUAUGAAAUUCUACAUUCAAAUUCAUCGAAUUUCAGGUGAUGUACUGUGUAUAAGAAAUUGAUAUUGUGUGUUAUCUGGUGUGCAGUCAUCAAUCACUAGCUUACAUUCUCAUAAGAUGCAGAAUCAAAACAUCUCUGAAUGUUUCUACAAAUGCAUAUUAUGAAAAUGAUCAGAAACCCUAAGUCUGGUAGACAUAAUCAGUCUUAUUUUCAAAUGGGAAAUGAGAAACCUGGUACCUAAAAAUCUGUGGGUUAUUUUGUUUGCACACUUGGUAAUCUUCCUUGCUGACAUUACCUGGAACCUAGCAUCUGUAAAUCUACAUUUCUGAAGGGGAACUGGCUAAUUACAGAUUGCCUUCAAUAUAAAAAAGCUGUUUUUUUUGUUCUCCUAUUUACUUACCGUGGAUAGAAGUGUUAAAGAAGAAGAGUUAUGUGUGUUUUCUCCUGGUUUCUAGAAAAAAGCACAUUAACCUGGCUGAGUAAGUUGUUUGUAAGCUUGCAGUAUUUACUUCAUUUACAAUAAAUGUUCUGACUUUAAGAUCAUUUAUUAUAACUAUCUGACUUUGUCAUGUCUAGAUAGAUGACCAUGUUCAGUUUGACUGUAGCUUGAAGCCUAUAAACAAAAGUGUAUUACUGUGAUGUUGGUGUAUUUCUACAAGCUACAGCUACCACAAACCCACUCAGAAAAAUGUAUGUUUGAUAUUGAAGCCAAUGUACUACAGAUGUCAAUUAAGAGUAUUUGAACAGUUAAAAAUGUCAGCUGGGUUUUACAGCAUAUAGAUUUUUACUAUAAAAAAACAUGUACAUACUAGUGCCAUUGUAAAUAAUGUAAGCAGAAACCAUUUCUGCUUAAGGUGUUUUAUCCAGGGUUUAUCGUGGUGUCAGCAUCCAAUAUAAACCCGCUAUAGAACGAGGGCAGCGUAAUAUGCAUUUAUUGUUCUUUAUUGCUUUACAGAGUUAGUAAAUAAAAAUGGGCAAAUAGUCUAUGCUGCAGGGCAAACUAAAUACUACACCAGUAGUAACUACUGUAUUGCUAAACAAAAAUUAAUUAGCAAAGCAAAAGUAAAAAAAAAAACAAACAAAAAAAACAGUGACUUACUUUUGUUGUUAAAUACAGUAACAUAGCCUACAGACAAACAGUUAAGCUUUGGAAAGCAAUCAAUUACUUAGUCACAUCUAUGUUCUGAAAGAUGUGCAUCAUACUGUGAUUUGCCAACUUUGAAAUCAUGAGCAACAUCCACUUGUUAGCUCCACUUUUCACUCGCUCAGCAGCUUUCAGCUUUUCUUCUACAUACGCAUAUGUAGACAGACGGUUAAGCUCCAGGCAGCAAAAUGUUCAACUGCCAAAAGUUCAACAAUAGCCUGAUGGUGUCAUUAAUAUUCAGAGGCAUGCGCUGUUCAUUCCUAGUGGUGACGUUUUAAAAACUGUUGAAACGGGCAACCAACUCCAGGACCACACGAUGGGCCUCAUUUACAAAAGGGCACUAAAUGUAGCUGUAACAUGCACAUGAAGUAGUGAGCCUAUCGGGCACCAUAAAUCAAAAUAUAUUGCCCCAUUUUUUUGUGCACACUAUUUGGCUAAUUUACAUACCAUAGCAUGCACACUACAUGUAUUGUGAGCGAUAAUUUAAUGUGCACAAUAAUGCCCAAGACUUACUCGUGACCACCGUGAUAUAAAAAGCCACAGCAGUCCAGGAGUAGCUUUUGGUUAGUGGCUUAUUGUGAAAGUGGAGGUGGCUUACAUUGACCGAAAAUGAGCCAUCAACAGACACAGCACUCAGCAGAGGACAGGCAGAGGCAAUGCAAACUAAAACUGCAUGCAGAGGAGUUAGAAAUUCUAGUGGAGGAGGUUGUUUUAAAUUAUAAUACCUUGUUUGGUCCGGUGUUUUAUUUAACCACUCUAUUGUUUGUACAGAUUUAAUGAACUAUAAAAUAAAAUCUAUGAAAUUAUAACAUUCAUUCAUGUUUAUUCACACUUAAUAUAACCUGUUAUUUACAGGUAAUUUUCACUGCUCUAUAUGAAAACUAUAAUGAAAUUAAUGCCUUCAUGAUGCCAGAUAGAUUUCAGCCCCCAAAAAUAGGUUUAAGUAGUGGUUAAAGCCUGGUUUCCAAACAAACUAAUUAUCACUCACUUUAAGGUGCACACUAUGAUUAUCGCCCUUUAGUAAAUACAGUGUGAAUGAAGCUCAUCCCAUUAUUCAGAGCAGGGUACCUCAUUUAAAUACAUUAUGCAUUACCAUACAAAUCACAUAUUCAUUCUGAUUACCAUAGCGUGUGGCAAAAUAAAAUCAGUGUGCGCCAUAAUAUGCCCACUAUUUCACGCGAUAAUUAAUACAAUUGCAAUAGUAAAUACGGAAGUCAUGAACGUGCUCACUAAUGUUUACUGCCCUUUCGUAAAUGAGGCCCUAUAUCUCAGUUUAGUGAGACACUGUAUAUCGAGAGGUGGGUGUACUAGCACUCUUUCAUUGUAUGUUUAUCCAGCAUUGGUUUUAUGAACUUUGCUGUAUAAAAUAAAAAUACAGUGACGAGGUUUGAGAAAUCUGCUUUAUAAAUUAUAGGAUGUAAAUAAAGACCUGCAGCUGUUAAAAUGUUUAAACUAGAUUCCAGUGUCUAAAACACAUUGUGUAAGGAGAUGCUUUGCCAAAAAGAAUUCUCAUGACUAUGGCUCAUGAGAUCUUCUGUAAAUAUUAUGUAGACUUGUGUGUUUAUGUGACAUUCAUAUGACACUGAUCUUUCUUUAAAAAAUGCUACUGGAGUCCAAUCUGUAGAGUUGCUGUCAAGCAAAAUGUGUUCUGCAUUUUUUUAUAAAAGAUAAAAGUGAGGUAGCUGCAUACAAUGAUUUACCUUUAGUAUUUGCUGUUAAAAAAAGUUGCAUGGCUUUAUGAAUUGGUUUUAUUCUGUAAGGAAUGAUAACCAGAGUUGAGAUUUUAGUAAUAGGUGAUUGUUUGUUUAUUUGUUUGCUGUGCUCAUUUUUGGGAAAUAUUUAAAAAGUGUUUAUUGAAUGUGGAUAUUAUUAUUUAAUUUUACCAAGGGAGUGUGCUUUUUCUCUGUGACAGUAAACAGUUACAGGUAAAAUUAACACAGCCUUGCAGUGUUUCACAGGUAGUAUUAGAUGAAAUGCUUACUGUACAUAUUGCUCUCCAUUCUAAAUUCCUGGAAUGGAAGAAUUUCUAUAAGUACAUUUCACUGAGUGUGCAGGCCAUAAGAAUGAGGCUUUUGCUUAAACUAGUCUGAAGAUUUAAGUUACUUCUCAAUGUGUUUAUACCACUGGUUUUUGCCUUUCAAUCAUUUACCCGAGAAAAUCUGCUGUUUUCUUUGUUUUUGAUUUCGGUUUUCUAAUUUUAGUUCCCAAAGUGCCUUUUGGUGAAAGUAUGGAAUUCAAUGGUAUUCAUUAAUUAGUAUUUUGGUGAGUAUUUUGGUUUUAUGAGUAAUAUAUUAAACCUAAACCAUACCAUAUAGCCAAGUGCUUUUAAUAUACGUAUGUAAUAAACCAAGAGGCCUUUCAAAAUGUUUCAGACCAUUUAAGAAACUAGACUUUCAGCAGCCCCAUAGCUCCCUUUUUAUUGAUAAAACUAUUUAAAAAAAAAAAUCACCAUGUGAUUAUACAAAAUAAUGUUAAACUCAAUCUUAAAUGUAUUUAAAGACACACAUUGUACAUUAUAUGUAGAGUAUGUUGUGAUAACCCCUUGCAAUGUCAAUGUUAGUACCUUUUGAUUACAAAACUUUUUUGUUCACUUUUUUAAAAUACAGAAUUAUUUCAAGAAGGCAAGACCCUGGCCCAAAUUAUUACAGUAGUUCUACUUUUUAUAAAACAGUUUAUCAUUAACAAAUCAGUAAAUAUGUUGCCUCAUACAAGCAAACUGUCUUAUAAGCACAUAGAUUAUAGUCACAGUAUGUGCAGAAUGCAUGCAAUCAUAUUCUUUCAACAAUGGUAUAGGUCAUAGUAACAGAAGUAACAGAAACGACAUACUUUAAAUAAAUAGAUUUUGCCUGGUUGAAAUAAAUCAUGACCGUAUUUGGCCAAUGAUGAUGUCAGUUACACAUAUUCGGAGCAAUGAUUUAUUUGGAGAUUGGAUGAUCAGAAUUUUAGGAUUUUCACACACAGCCCAGCCUUUUUUGUUGCAUUACUUAGAAAAGGUCUUAUGUUGACAUUCUGUAACUAUCCUAUAUGAUUAUAAAUGUGUUUCAUAUUAUUCAACACACACACACACACACACACACACACACACACACACACACACACAAUGGAGGUUUUGGGUUCGUGCACACAAUUAAUACUAUUCAUAAAAAAAUUCUAACUAAUGUAGAUUUAUGACAUUUUGUGUAAUGUAUUAUUCUAAAAAGCCAGUUACUUUACAGAAGUAAACUUUUUUUUAUGUUUUUAUUAAUUAUACUGUGUGUUAAUAUUAAUUGGUAUGAACACUCAGCUGCCUAGUUUAACAGUAUUAGUAGUUGUGUUGUGGUUGUAAGUGAAUAUCACAAAUAUUCACAUGUUAUAUUGGUGAAUACAAGUUAAGUGAUACUGUUACAAAUGUACUGCCUAAAUGUCACCAUAUAUAGACUGCAGCAUGCACCUAUGGUGUUCCACUGACUUUUCAAAUAACUGUGCAGUCCUAACUACAUGUGUAGGCUUUACAUAAGUAUUUUUUAAUAGCACUUGCAUACAAUAUUCUUUUGUUUGGAUACACAAAGUGGCCCAAUUCAAUCAACAUUUAUCCAGUUAUAGGAAAACACAAAUCCAUGCAUUUGGAUCAAUUUAUCUUUUUAAAUUUACGCUGAAAGUGUAAAUUGGUUUGGAGACCAAAACACAUGUCUUGCAUUUUAGAGCUAUGACACAGGAGUCCAGAUAAGAAAAGUAAACCACCAGUGAUGUACAGUACUAACUAGAUGUUGUGCAUGCAUUAAAUAGUUCUGCUGUACAGUAAUUCAUGUUUAUUCACUAUAGUACACACAAACCAGCUACCAUAGUAAGUUUUAAACCAUAGACAGAAAAUUACCCAUGUUUUUCAAACUGUUCAAUUAAAACUAAAAUAGUUAGGCAUCAUCAAUUGGAUGUUGUGCUUUGAUUAAAAAUGACGGAUAACUCCAUUUGCAUAUUGCAUGAUUUAAUACAAGUAAACAGAUUGUUUCCACAAAUUGCCAGGUAUUUUACAGUUCUAUAAAUGCAGUUGACUACCACUGCUGAUUGCUAAAUGUUUUUGGUUCCUACUCCAAUCGGGUUCACCUUGAGAUUUGAAAACAAAAGAGCAUUAAUGCAUACUGUAGUUAAAUGAACAUGUUUAUAGUGUACUAUACGUAAUACUGAAAGAAAUGUAAUUAAUUCAAUCACAGACAUUUCCACUAAAAGUCUUUCUCCAUGUCUUCAAUGCUAAAGAAAGUGGCUAUAUUUACAAUGCAGUAUGUUCUUUUCCCAUAAUUCAUUAUGUUGUCAUGCACAGGAUUACAUUUUUUUUAGGAGGUGCGUGAUAAAAGUUGUUUUCGCUUGAAAAAUAGUGUACUACCAUUCACAGUAUUAAAGAUGCAGGCAAACAUGUUUCACUUUUUGUUGUAAUCCUUGAAGAAAGCAUAAACAGUGGGAUUGUUCAAUAAUGCGCCCAAAAUAAUGAGUGGUAUACAUUUUCUUAUAAGCUGCCAAUGCCUAUAAUACCCCAUCCAGAUUGAUGAUGAUAUUCCACCUGCAAUCUUCCUGUAUGAUGUCGGCUUUUCUAAUAGGUAGGAUUUUGUACAUUUUAUAAGGACAACAGGUGGUACAGUGGAAAAAAAAAGGUGCUUUAUAACCACAGUGAGCGUUCAAUUCCAAUUUUGUUCUUUUCAUUAUACUUUUUUUCCCAAAUAAUAAUAAUAGUUUUAACACAAGCAAUGCAAGCUCAUAUUUCAUAAAUAUCCAAAAAAGCAUUUUUUUUCUUAUUUGACGCACCAGGUAAUUACAUGUGUAUAAAAAAGAGAGAGUGAGCUAGGAUUUAAACUAUAGGAUAGGCUGUAGCUUACAAAGUAGUUACAUUACCGCUGUAGCAACAUUGGAGCUUCACAGAAUGGACAGAAUAACGCCUGUUAAAGCAACGGAUUUCAAAGAAGCCUUCUGUAGUGAGUACAAAACUGAUUUACAAAAAACUGGAUGUUCUAAAUAUAUAGUACAUAAACACAUCACUCUUCUACAUAAUUGUUAUAAUAGACUACCUGUUUUUUAGGAGACUGCUGUGCUAUUUUGUUUUGCUUGUUUGUUUUGCUGAUUUAUUUUACUAUACCGUCUACUGUUAAGUUUAACCAUUGUACAGUAACAUUGUCCCACCUGCACAAUACAGACAAGUAUGUUGUAAACCCUCCAAAAAUACAGGAAAGCGAACAUUUUAUCCUAUUACAAAGGUACCACUCCCUUUUUUUCUGUUGUAAACAAAGCCAUUGAGAAAGACUUUGAGAUAGCUUCUCAAAGAUAUUUACUUUUUUUCCAGGAAUUACAAUUACAAAACAAAUAAGAAAAAUAGUUUAAUAACUUUACUGGGUGCAUUCUUCCUUUCUGAAAAAAAAAAAUGCUGAAGACCUUUGAAAAUCUAGCUCUUGUAGUCUAAACUGUUGUCAUUAAAUGUACUAUAAACCAUAUUGAUGAAACCCAGAAUUAGACUGCAUACAUUUUAGCAACAAAGGACUGUAAAACUGUAUUUUUUGCAUAGCAUGUAGUAGGUAUUUAGAAACAGUAUGCUUUUGUACUGUUUCAGUUUUAAGGACUGAAAAUCAGCGAAUACAGUUAUGUGUAUGAAGUAACAAAGUCUGUACAGGCUAACAUUACUAAUAAUUUUAAAUACAAAUUGUGGUUCUUCAUAUAAGAUUGAGUUGACUUUGAUUGAAGUACACUUAAACAUGAAAUAUAUCUAAGCAUGAAACCAUUAAAUGAAAAGUCUAUCUGCAUUAUAUAGCCCCACCCCCCUCCUGUCAAGAGUCAAAAUUGUAGCAUGUUUGUUCAGAUAAAUUAGUUAAGGUUAGGGACUGGAUUAAUACCCAACAGCAAAUAAUCUACUGUAGGGUAAUGAGGCCCUGAAUCUGCCUGUGCACUGUGUAUGUCAGUUUAUAUUGGUAGUAUCAACUGGAGAUUGAAUAUGUAAGUAAUCAACCAAUUAAAUUAAACAUUUCUACUGGUAACAACUAACUAGAAACACAAAUGGUAAUGUGGAUUAUUUUUGAUGUAAUAUUUUAAAAGUUGAAUGUAUUUCAUGAACAGACAAUGUAUUAAAUAACGUUUUUCUCUAUGUCGGGAUUGUUUGCCUGCUGUUUUUUCAUUGUGAUGUAAAUGUGUAUUUGUUUGAGGUAUAUGUUACAAGUUUUGUACAUUAUUGAAAUAAUGCCUUUAAUUGCAUUAAAUGUUUUUGACAGUGGA